UCCUCCUCUUCAUCACCCCAUUCUCUCACUUGACCCUUCUCAAUUGAGCUUGUUAAGCCCCUCAGAUUUGAUGGCCGACAUGGUGCCCGGUGGCUCUAGAAGAAUGUGGUGUUCGGUGCCAGAGCGGCUCCAGCUGCACUUGGCCAUGUUGGCCUUGCAAUUCGGCUACGCCGGGUUCCAUGUGGUGUCCAGAGCCGCCCUUAAUAUGGGCAUCAGCAAGAUCGUCUUCAUCGUUUACAGGAACAUCAUCGCCUUGCUGCUCCUCCUCCCUUUUGCUUAUUUUCUUGAAAAGAAAGAGAGGCCUGGGAUCACUCUUAAAUUCUUGGUGCAGUUCUUUCUCCUUGCCCUAGUCGGGAUAACGGCAAACCAAGGAUUCUACUUCUUGGGUUUGGACAACACUUCACCCACCUUUGCUUCAGCAAUCCAGAACUCUGUCCCAGCCAUUACAUUCCUCAUGGCUGCCCUACUCAGAAUAGAGCAAGUUCGGCUCGACCGGAAAGACGGCAUCGCAAAGGUCGUCGGGACCAUCUUCUGCGUCGCCGGAGCAUCAGUCAUCACCCUCUACAAGGGACCAGCCAUAUUCACUCCGGCGCCGCCUCUCCACGAACCCACAAAAUACGCAAGCAUGUUCCUCUCCUUGGGCAACGCGGAAGGCAAGAACUGGACCUUGGGCUGCAUCUUCUUGAUCGGACACUGCCUCUCCUGGUCUGGUUGGCUCGUGCUGCAGGCCCCAGUCCUCAAGAAAUACCCAGCUCGGCUCUCGGUCACAUCGUACACUUGCUUCUUCGGGCUCCUACAGUUCUUGAUCAUAGCUGCUUUCACGGAGAGAGACCCGCAUGCGUGGCUCAUUCACAGCGGUGGAGAGCUCUUCAGUGUCUUCUACGCGGGAGUGGUGGCAUCAGGGAUAGCUUUCGCAGUGCAGAUAUGGUGCAUUGACAAAGGCGGGCCAGUGUUCGUCGCCGUGUACCAACCUGUGCAGACGCUCGUUGUCGCGAUCAUGGCCUCAGUCGCUUUAGGGGAGGAGUUCUACUUGGGAGGGAUUAUCGGUGCGGUGCUUAUCAUAGCAGGUCUCUACCUGGUCCUGUGGGGUAAAAGCGCAGAGAGCAAAUUCGCAAAGCAAAAGGUGGCGAUCCAGUCCACUCAGGACCACGGGAACAACAGGACUGCCUGCCACAUCACGCCGUCCCUCGCUCAGCCACUGCUCGCACCGACGUCCGAUGAUGUUUGACCGGCGAGCAUCUUUGACUUUUGAGUUGGAUGAAAGGAAAUGUGGGCCCAUCUGUCAGGGAUCGGGAUUUCAUUUUUUUUUAUUUCAUUUUCUUUUUGGGUUUGUUUAUGUUCUGAACUAAAUUACAAUCCCUUCUUAGGCCUGAAAAGGAGCGAUUUUGAGGGGAUGAAAGUAUGAUGAUUAAGGUCAUUUAGCGUGGGAGACAUGUUGCCAUCUGCCCGUAUGCUUUUACAUGUUUUAAUUAUACAUGGGUUUUGAUUAAAUAAAAGGGAUUAUCUGCGAUAAUUGUGGA